CUAAUACUGGGUGUUACACAGCGAUGCCACCAUUCGGGUCUCAGAGUGUCACAAGCAAAGGACACAGCAACCCAAGUGCAGCAGAGAGCAAAAAUAACCUUUCCACGUGCAUGCCGGCGACGAGGAAGAUGAGAUAAAGCCACUCAGAUGGAGGCCAGUUCCACCAGCCUCAAGAGGCUCAAGUUUGGGAAGCUGAAGGUGGUACGUCGACGCUUGCUACAGAGGUACGAGCAUCAGCCCUUCAUCUCCUGCUUGGCUGGUUUCUACAGCUGCCGGUGGAAGAGGUAUCAGCGCAGAAGGAUUGAGCCUGGGAAAUGCUGCUGCAAGACGGGGGAAUGUGUGUUUUUCCCAUUACUUGUUGGAGCUUUCUGCUUUUCUCUGGUCUUUCUGUACAUGUGGGGUGAAGCGAAAAAUGACUACAAUAACUUUGACUGGUAUAACUAUGGGAACCUGGGCUUCUGGUUUCUCUGGUCUCUUGUUCUCCUGAUUGUGGCUGCUAUCUUGUUCAUGUACAUCACACUGUUAUUGGUCCUAGCGAUGUGUUUGCUUGCAGAAGGUCAGCAGCUGUACCUACAUUGGAGUCACAAGAUUGGGACAUUUCUUGUCCUGUGCUUCUCUGUCACAGCCCUCUUCAUAUUAUCGGUGCUUUGGGGAGAUCAAUGGAAAACUGUCCGCCUGUCAUUUCAGAUCACAGCUCCCUAUCUCCACAUAGGGGCAAUAACCCUCAUGGUCCUCCUGUCCUGGCCUGUGGCUCUUCAUGCCAUUAGAGCAGACAAAAAAGUUGUUCAGAUCAUAAUUGUUGGUCCAUACCUGGCUAUCCUUCUCUUUCUUUUCUUGAUACCUCUGGGGAUGUACUCUCCUUGCAUCAGAGAGGUGGGGACACUUGGACCGAAGCCAGCCCUCAUUGGACACCGUGGAGCACCAAUGCUGGCACCAGAAAACACUGAGAUGUCAUUUCAGAAGACAAUUGAACAUGGUGGGGAUGGUCUUGAAACAGAUGUUACCAUUAGUUAUGAUGGGGUUCCUUUCCUCAUGCAUGACAGCACCUUGAGGAGGACAACUAACAUCAAGGAGGUCUAUCCCAAUGACACUGCUCAAAAUGCCGCAUUAUUCUCCUGGGAUACCCUGAAGGAGUUGAAUGCUGGAACAUGGUUCCUUAAGGACAAACCAUUUUCAUGCAUGAGUUCACUGUCAAGGGCAGAUCAAACCCAGGCAAUGAAUCAGUCCAUUUACAAGCUAAGUAAUUUCUUGCGGCUCGCCGAUAGUCAGAAUCAACUUGUGAUAUUUGAUCUCUACCGCCCUCCAGAGAAACAUCCUUACAGGAACUCAUGGAUCAACAGAACUCUGGACGUCAUCCUCAACGAAUCGGGGAUCAGACCUCAUCUGGUCCUGUGGCUGGAGAACGACAUGAGGUCCUUUGUUCAGUCUGUUGCCCCUGGGUUUCAGCAGACAAUGGGCAGUAAGGCCCCAGUUGAAGACCUAUUAAUGGACAAUAUUGUCAAACUCAAUCUGCCCUACACUGAAAUGUCCAGUGAAGAUAUCCGGAAAUACAGUGAGGCAAACAUCACCACCAACCUCUACGUCAUCAAUGAGCCAUGGCUUUUCUCCCUGGCGUGGUGUUCUGGGGCACACUCUGUGACCACCAAUACUGUCCACAUACUGAAGAAUCUUAGGCAGCCACUCUUCCUCAUGACCCCACAACAGUACAACAUCAUGUGGAUUCUGACAGAUCUGACCUCUGUGCUGUUCAUCUCACUCAUCUUUGCUCUGCACUGGUGGCGAGAGCGGAGUUUCUCCUGCUGUGCUCAUGAUGGUGGCCUGACACUGGAGAGCGGCACCUACAACAAGUUCAGGACAGAGCUCAGCGACAUUCCUGCUGUCAUGACCUGACAGGCAAGGACAGGACACAGACCUCCCAUCUCGAUUAGCAAACCCUCCCCUGCUGACACUUCCUGCAAUGCGAACACCAGUCUGCCAAGAGGUCUGGCUGGGCUCAGUAUUGCCUGGUGAGGAGCAGCCAUUUGCCUCUGUGACACCUUGCUUCCUCUCCUACGGUUUUCCUCGCAAUCCCAUGCCUGGCAGAGAUGCCUGGGAUUUAGGGGAGCACAGGUGGAUUUGAAGCCAUGAAGAAGCUGUGGAUUGUGAUGACAUGCAACAACCACAUGGGAGCCACCAUUUCCUUCUGAAACCACUGGCAUCUCACAGGGCAAUCAUCCUGUGAUUCCUCCUGCCAUGUCUAAGAUCUCUCUCCACAGCUGUAUUUUACACGACAUGUAUAUGUGUGGUUUGAUUUGUCACUCAAACCACAACAAUACAUCUCAGCAUCCUCCAGUAUCCCUCAUUCUCAGCUGCCCACAUUUCUCCCAUGAGACCAGCCUCUUUUCCACACACUUCUUCCCUUCCCGCCUCCCUCCCUCUUUUGCAGGUCUACUCCAUCCCCGAGAACACACCAGUCCCAUCACAAUGGUCAAGUGCUGCUGCCUGGGUCUGUAACUUUCUAUAACGCAAGUCAGGGCAGCUUAAGUUUUCAUUUUCUCUACUUUUGCGCUGCCACAGACUGUAACAAGACAAUCUCUUCCCCUUGGCUGUGGGCAAAGGUGUAUCUUCCGACAGGUGCUGAGGAGAUUUCUGGUGCCUUGGCCAUGUAGCCACUGGGACUAUGACCAGGACACAACAGUUUUCUUCAGAAGGAGUAAGUUGCAUGUGAAUCGGUCCCACCAAGUGUCCUGUUUGCUUUUCCCGUGGGAAGGUCUGUUUACUUGUUCCACACCCUGGAAUUUAUUCAGAUUUUCAUUUCUCACAGUGGCCACUGGCACAUAAGGUGAAGGGUGUCUAUGCCCUGCUCUGCAAAGAAGAUGUAAGCAUCUCUCAGGUUUAAGCCAUACGUUUCUACUUGAACAGAUAAUAAGA